AUGCCUACCCCCGGCCUCCUCUACGUCACUAUGCAGCCUAAGGGCUCGCUGCCGGACACUCAAUUCCACGACUGGUACAACACAGAACAUGGACCGCUGCGUCUGCGUUUGCCAUUCAUCACCAAUGGCUUCCGUUUCCGCGCGACCGACGGCGAGAAGCCUGAAUAUGUGGCCUUGUACGAUAUUACAGACAUGGACGAGUUGACCCGCAAGACCUACCUCGACUUGCGCACCGACCUGAUCAAGACCGAGCGGGAGAAGAAAACCAUGGCGCAGAUUGACGUGGGUCGUCUGUUGUACGAUUUGGUUGAUGAGCGCAGCAGCCCCGACUUCCGCCCGCUGGAGGACCAAGCCGACACAGAUGCCGAGACUCAGGGUAGCGUUCUCAUCGCCGUUCGAGUGGCUACCCACCCCGACCCCGCCAAGCAGGCUGACUUGGAUAAAUGGUACCGCGAAGAACACUUUGAGAUGCUUUCUCGUGUGCCCGGCUGGCGUCGCAGCCGUCGUUUCGUCACUGCUGCCAUUGAUUCCGCUGCCCCGCAGGAGUCCCUGGCGCUGCACGAAUAUGCCCCCGUCAAUGGCCUCGGAGGCGAGGCCCACAAGGCCGCUAUGAACACCCCUUGGGGAGCUCGUCUCAUGAGUGAGGUUGUUACAUCAAAGAACCGCCGUGUGUAUGAGUGGUACUACACCUUCGGUCCUGCUCCCCGCGAGCUCACCUCCCUCGCUGCCCCGGAUGUUGCCGGCCCUUGGAGCUCCAACGACGGCCGCACUCGCACCUUCCCCUCAGCCUCUCGCCCUGCAGUCGAAUCUUUUAUUACCACCAAGGAUGGCGUGGAAAUUCCUUACAGAUUGGAGGGUAGCACCGACCCCCACGCGCCUGUUGUUGUGCUGAGCAACUCCAUCCUAGUCAACUGGAACAUCUGGGAUCGUUUCGUUGACGCCUUUUUCGCCCACAAGCAGAACCAGCGCUACCGCGUCGUGCGCUACCUGACUCGCGGACGCCGCUCUGCGAGUGGCGAGCAGCCGGUCAACAUCGAUGUGCUGGCCUCCGACCUUGCCACGCUGCUCGAGGCUCUGCGCGUCCCACCCAAGGCCGCCCGUCUGAUCGGAGUCAGCCUGGGUGGUGUCACCGUCCUGAACACCUCUCUGCUCCACCCCGAGCGCGUGGGUGCCUUCAUCGCAUGUGACACCAACUCCUCCGCACCCGAAUCCAACCGCAAAGCGUGGGGCGACCGUGUGGCCAUUUGCGAAAAGGAAGGCUCGACUGAUCCCGAAACCAACGAGCCCAUCGUUGGAGAGGAGCUGGCCGAGGUGACCACCCGCCGCUGGUUCGUGCCGGAGUCGUACGAGACCCAGCCCGAGGUCCUUGCGCCUGUCAAGGAGGCAGUGCGCACCAACAGCUUGAAGGGUUUCGCCCACAGCGUGCAGGCGCUCUGUGCUUACGAUAUCCGCGAGCGUAUGGCCAACGCCACCGUGCCUGGACUGUUCGUUGCCGGUGCCAACGAUGGUGUUCUGCCACAGACUAUGCAGAAGAUGGCUGCGGACCUGCGCGGUGGAGCUGAGCUCAAGAUCAUUGAUCGUGCUGGCCAUCUUCCCAUGGUUGAGCAGCCAGUGGCAUUUGCGGAAGUUGUGACUGAGUUCUUGGGCAAGAUCGAUGCUUGA